AUGCCGUCUCUCAUUCCUCUCGAUAACUUGCUCGGGGUCGCCUUUAUUGGUGUGAUCAUAUCAACUGCGAUCUAUGGUAUCACUUGCUUGCAGGUGUAUCAUUACUACACCAAGCACUGCGCGCAGGACAGCGCGUUCCUCAAAUCAUUUGUCGCGGCGUUACUAGUCCUUGAUUCGCUCCAUGUGGCACUACUCGCAACUUUUUAUUAUCAUUAUACCGUCACCAAUUUCGGCGACUACGCGGUUCUCGCUGAAGAUACCUGGAGCUUACUUACUCAGGUUGCAGUCGGGGAUAUAUUGACUCUAUGCGUUCAAAUGUUCUUUGCCUUUCGGAUAUAUCAACUCAGCGGGAAUCGAAUGUUUAUUCCAAUUGUCAUAGUAUUGAUGGCCACAAUUCAGCUGGCACUGGCUAUAGCAUACAUCGUGAAAGGAUUCCACGUUCUUUUCUUCUCGAACUCUGCCGCAGACAUCCCGUAUACUACAAGUGCCUUGUCGAUAGAUAUCGCGUGCGAUACCAUCAUAACCAUUACGAUGAUUUACUAUCUCCAACGGAAUCGCUCCUCAUUUGAAAAGACUAAUCGCGCGAUCAAUCUGCUAAUCACAUACGCUCUAAACACCUGUCUUCUCACCACUCUAUGUACUUUGGCAUGCUUGAUCUCGUGGGUUACUUCAACAAAUGCUCUGGUCUAUGCAUUAUUCUAUUUCAUCCUCGUCCGCUUGUAUUCAUGCUCUUUCAUGUCGACACUCAACUCUAGACAAUUUGUCAGAGCGCAGCUUUCAGGUACAAGAGACGCGGAGGAGGUCAUUGCGUUGUCUACAUUCCAGGCAGCCCGUGGUGGACCUUCCCAUGAGACAUCGACUGGUGACCAGUCGCAUAGCGUGAAGGAAACAGCAUCGUCUCUUUCCGCUGUGACGUUCAAAGAUGGCACAAAACAUCCACAGUUGACGUAGAUUAUUUAUUAACGACAAUUCCUCUCGCUGAAGGAUCAUCAUACGGUGUUUUAUGACGACUUAUCUUUGUACCGAACAACCUUCUUAUAUUGUCUGGUUCGCUGUUGAAUCGAUGUAGGGACACGAAGUCGUUGCCUCCUGCGUAAUUUAUUAUGUUCCCAUUCUUUUUCCUCUCCCAUGUUGAAGACCAGGGCCAUAUGUACCAGCUCCAUUUGUCUGUAGUAUGUUUCGAAUGGUUGUUAAAUGGUCCCAUGUACAUAUUAUUUGCAACUCG